GUUGCGUUACUGGAUGCUUUUAGACCCCAUUUUAGACUGCUGGUUUCAUCAGGAACUCUAUCCCAAAGAGGAAGCAGCCAAAGAGAGACUGCUUUGUCUGCAGGAAAGUAGUUGAGAGCUACAAGCCAAUCCCUAGGCAUCUGAGGAAUUGGGAAGCUUCAAGCCGUGGCUAACAGGGAGGGGCAGGCAAGGACCCUCUUUCUUUCCUCACCAUGGAUAAUCUGUUGCCUCAGUCUAGAGUCUCAUAUUUCAAAAAAUAUCCUCUCCAGGCAAUCAGGAAAUACUUAUCGAUGAUGAGACACCCGAAAGGCGAAGAACAGGUUGCACGUUUUCAAAAACUACCUAAUGGUGAAAAUGAAACAAUGAUUCCUGUAUUGACAUCAAAAAAAGCAAGUGAAUUACCAGUCAGUGAAGUGGCAAGUAUCCUCCAAGCUGAUCUUCAGAAUGGGCUGAACAAAAGUGAAGUAGGUCACAGGCGAGCCUUCCAUGGCUGGAAUGAGUUUGAUAUCAGUGAAGGUGAACCACUGUGGAAAAAGUAUAUUUCUCAGUUUAAAAAUCCCCUUAUUAUGCUGCUUCUGGUUUCUGCAGUCAUCAGUGUUUUAAUGCAUCAGUUUGAUGAUGCUGUCAGUAUCACUGUGGCAAUACUUAUCGUCGUUACAGUUGCCUUUGUUCAGGAAUAUCGUUCAGAAAAAUCUCUUGAAGAAUUGAGUAAACUUGUACCACCAGAAUGCCAUUGUGUACGGGAAGGGAAACUGGAACAUACCCUUGCACGGGACUUGGUUCCAGGUGAUACAGUUUGCCUUUCUGUUGGAGACAGAGUUCCUGCUGACUUACGCUUGUUUGAGGCUGUGGAUCUAUCCAUUGAUGAGUCCAGUUUGACAGGAGAGACAACGCCUUGCUCUAAGGUGACAGCUCCUCAGCCCACUGCCACCAAUGGAGCUCUUGCAUCAAGAAGCAACAUUGCCUUCAUGGGGACACUGGUCAGAUGUGGCAAAGCAAAGGGUAUUGUCAUUGGAACUGGAGAAAAUUCUGAAUUUGGCGAAGUUUUUAAAAUGAUGCAAGCAGAAGAAGCACCGAAAACUCCUCUGCAGAAGAGUAUGGACCUCUUAGGCAAACAACUCUCCUUUUACUCCUUUGGUAUAAUAGGUAUUAUCAUGUUGGUUGGAUGGCUACUAGGAAAAGACAUCCUGGAAAUGUUUACUAUUAGUGUAAGUUUGGCUGUAGCAGCAAUUCCUGAAGGUCUUCCCAUCGUGGUCACAGUGACUCUAGCCCUUGGUGUUAUGAGGAUGGUGAAGAAGAGGGCCAUUGUGAAAAAAUUGCCUAUUGUGGAAACUCUGGGCUGCUGUAAUGUGAUAUGCUCAGAUAAAACUGGAACACUGACCAAGAAUGAAAUGACAGUCACUCACAUAUUUACUUCAGAUGGCCAGCAUGCUGAGGUUACUGGAGUUGGCUAUAAUCCCUUUGGGGAAGUGGUUGUUGAUGGUGAUGUUGUUCAUGGAUUCUAUAACCCAGCUGUUAGCAGAAUUGUUGAGGCGGGCUGCGUUUGCAAUGAUGCUAUAAUUAGAAACAGCACUCUGAUGGGGAAGCCAACAGAAGGAGCCUUAAUUGCUCUUGCAAUGAAGAUGGGUCUUGAUGGACUUCAGCAGGACUAUAUUAGAAAAGCUGAAUAUCCUUUUAGCUCUGAGCAGAAGUGGAUGGCUGUUAAGUGUGUACACCGAACACAGCAGGACAGACCAGAGAUUUGUUUUAUGAAAGGUGCUUAUGAACAGGUGAUUAAGUAUUGUACUACAUACCAAAAUAAAGGGCAGACCUUGGCACUCACCCAGCAGCAGAGAGAUCUGUACCAACAAGAGAAGGCACGGAUGGGCUCAGCAGGGCUCAGAGUUCUUGCUUUGGCUUCUGGUCCUGAGCUGGGCCAGCUGACAUUUCUUGGCCUAGUGGGAAUGAUUGAUCCUCCUAGAACUGGCGUGAAAGAAGCAGUUACAACACUCAUCGCCUCAGGAGUAUCCAUAAAAAUGAUUACUGGAGAUUCACAGGAGACUGCAGUUGCAAUCGCUAGUCGUCUAGGACUAUAUUCUAAAACUUCCCAGUCUGUCUCAGGAGAAGAAAUGGAUGCAAUGGAUGUCCAGCAGCUUUCACAAAUUUUACCAAAGGUUGCAGUAUUUUACAGAGCAAGUCCAAGACACAAGAUGAAGAUUAUUAAGUCUCUGCAGAAGAAUGGGUCAGUUGUAGCCAUGACAGGUGAUGGAGUCAAUGAUGCGGUGGCUCUGAAGGCUGCGGAUAUUGGGGUCGCAAUGGGCCAGACUGGCACAGAUGUUUGCAAAGAGGCAGCAGACAUGAUUCUGGUAGAUGAUGAUUUCCAGACCAUCAUGUCUGCAAUAGAAGAAGGUAAAGGGAUUUAUAACAACAUAAAAAAUUUUGUCAGAUUUCAGCUGAGCACGAGUAUAGCAGCAUUAACUUUAAUCUCAUUGGCCACAUUAAUGAACUUUCCUAACCCUCUCAAUGCCAUGCAGAUUUUGUGGAUCAAUAUUAUUAUGGAUGGACCUCCAGCUCAGAGCCUUGGAGUAGAACCAGUGGAUAAAGAUGUCAUUCGUAAGCCUCCACGCAACUGGAAGGACAGCAUUUUGACCAGAAACCUGAUACUUAAAAUUCUUGUCUCAUCAAUAAUCAUUGUUUGUGGGACUUUGUUUGUCUUCUGGCGGGAGUUACGAGACAAUGUGAUAACACCUCGAGACACAACAAUGACCUUCACAUGCUUUGUAUUUUUCGACAUGUUCAAUGCACUAAGUUCCAGAUCCCAGACCAAGUCUGUGUUUGAGAUUGGACUCUGCAGUAAUAAAAUGUUUUGCUAUGCAGUUCUUGGAUCCAUCAUGGGCCAGUUAUUAGUUAUUUACUUUCCUCCACUCCAGAAAGUAUUUCAAACCGAGAGCCUAAGUGUACUGGAUCUGCUGUUUCUUUUGGGUCUCACCUCGUCAGUGUGCAUAGUGUCAGAAAUUAUAAAGAAGGUUGAACGGAGCAGAGAAAAGAUCCAGAAGCAUGUUAGUUCGACAUCAUCGUCGUCUUUUCUUGAAGUAUGAUGCAUAUUGCAUUCUUUUAUUUGCAAACUAGGAAUUGCAGUCUGAGGAUCGUUUAGAAGGGCAAGUUCAAGAAAAUAAUGAAGAUUUUGAGAACUUUUAAACUUUCCAUUGAUUGAAAAUGAGCGUUACUGUUAAAGACUUUGAGACUUUAACCUGCUGGCAGUCCCAAAUGAAAUUAUGCAACUUUGAUAACAUACAUCUUGGUUUAAAUUGGCUUUUGCAAUUGAAUGGAAUUUUAUAGAGCAUAUGAGCAGUUACUUUAAAAAAAAGGCAAAACCUGAACCACCUUCUGCACUUAAAGAGAUCUAAUAAUACAAUACAUUAUCUCUCUUAGAUGUAAAUAUUUUUUUUUUAUUUUUAAAUACUGUACUAUUUAUGGUGGUGGGGCUUUCUUACUAAUACACAAAUAAAUGUAAUCAUUUCAAAGGCAUCCUAUUUGGUUUAGAAGUUGAUUCCCGGGAGAGCCAUAAUUCAGCUACUGUAUUUCCUUUUCCUGUAAUGCAAGCAGCUCAGAUACCUUGUGUUACCAUUUUGUAUCAAGAUCUUUGCACAGGAUGUGACCACUGUCAGAUCACUUUUCUUUUCUUUCUUUUUGUGAUUGAAAAGCCUAUACUGCAAUUUGAAGUAAAUGUUUGCUUUUCUUAGUAAAUGUAAAUGGCAUUUUUUUUUUAAAGGUAUGAGUCUUUGGUCUAGCAGAAUAGAGGACUAUCAAAUAUUGUUCUAGUUAGGGUAGCAGUGUUUGUAACUAACACUUAGUCAUAAAGUCAGAAAUAUUUAAGAUUGGUUAGGCUAAAAUUUAUAAGAAAUUAUUUUAAUAUGUAUCCUGUGUGAGUUAAGUAUACAUACUUUGUCACAUAUGCUUUUGUCAGCCCCUAAAUAUAAACCCAAGUACCUCACCUGAAUAACUGAAUUCUAUUGUUUCUUUAUACAGUAUGUCUUUUUAUGUGUCUUUAAAGACGUUUCUUAGGAAGUGUAGAGUACCAUGCUGAGAAGCAUGAAAAGUUCCAAGCCCAUGCAGAUGGUUUGGGAGUCAGAGUACGUGUGGGAGAGUCUGUACUGGCCUUACUUAUCACUAGUCUGCAGUUUCUCUGGAUUGCAAGACAACCUGGAGCUCUCCUUGCUCCUCCUCUCACUAUUUGUUCUCUGCCUUCUUUUUGUGUCGGUGGGCAUGCUAGAGAAGUAAUGUGUUUCUCUGUGUAUUGCCACCCGUUUUUGUGGUAGGAAAUGUGCAGAAUUUGCUUUGAGUAUGUGGCAAACUUGGGCCAGAAAUUCAAAAUGAGAAAUCCACACUCCUUUUGAUUAUGUCUCUUGAAACAGACACAGUUCUCAGAUUCUUACAGUUUUAAAUCUUCUUGAACUUAGUAGGCUUUGUAUUUUAUAAUUAUUCUCUGAUUUUUUUUAAGCUCUUGGGAGAAAAACACUCUCAUUUUUAUCAUCAAUAUUCAGCUGCCAGUGUAGCACUGAAGUAGUUAUUAAUGACAGGGAAAAUGUCUAUUCUUUGAGUCCUUGUUACUGAAAUAGUUGAGUGGAAGGUGCUCAAGUGUCUGCAGUAUAUUUACUUUAUCCUCUAAGACUGAGUAGGCAGGUGUAUACUGUUCCUUUUUGUUAGAUGGAACAUGACAUGAAGUCAUUGUAGUGGCUUGAUGUCUCAUACCUAAAUUUUGUAAUGAUCUUUCUCUUUUGUUACAAAUACUUGAAAUAUAUAUUAAGUGCAUGUCAAAUGUUUGCUUUGGAUUUUAGUUUCACAGUAUGACUUGUAUGAAAUAAAUGUGCCUACACUUUCAUUCAGGUUUUGAACCAAAAAGGGAGAUUUUUUUUUCUCAUAAAUUGGGAUUGUUGAUGUUAAAAUGGUCUUAAGUGCACACUGAAAAUACAAAAAUUAAGUAGUUCAUAUAUACAAAGAAUCCGUUAAAUAAUAAAUCACAUUUAAAUUUAAAUGUUCCAUACAGAUUAACUACAUCCAGGUUUUUAUUUUCUGUAGCACAUGAACAAGUCAGACUGUUUCUAUAUUUUGAGAAAUACUAGCCAAAUUAUCAUAAAUUAUUUAAAUGUGCUAAUUUAAAAUUUUUUUUAUUUAUCAAAAGGAAACACUGAUAAAAACCAUAGGAAAAUGUGCUAUUUUUUUUUAAGUUUUAUUGCUUUUCCUAGUUUCUAGGGCUUGCCUAGAGUCCCUAGCAGUACUUACUAACGUACCUAAUUUUUCCGUUAGACCUCAUCAGAAGUCAAUUUGGCUCCAAGGUGAUUAAAGGAAAAGAAACAAAAGAACUUGAAAUGAUUCAGCAAUUAUGUAGAAUGUUCUCAAAUGAUUAAAAUGAUUACAAAGAAACAAAA